AUGUACAGGAGCAUAGCCGAUCUGUGGUGUGGACACUCCCGACAAAAGUGGGCUGUCCACGUGUUUGCCGGAGCCGAUUUUCGCGAGUUAGAGGGUGCCAAAGUCAACCCAAGAACAAGUGAUCGUGUCACCGACGCAUUCUCACCUGACGACAACAAAAGUUCUCAACCUGAUCUGAUAAUCACCGUCCUGGACGUGAUCCGCGCACUGAAAUUGACCGGUAGGCUCACUGAAAAGGUCGCAGAAACCAGUCGCUCGCUUCCAGGACAACAAAAUAUGGAAUGA